UGCUUCACCCAUGUUCAGCAACACCUCUUGACGUGAAAUGUAACACUACUGAAUGAUUUGAUACUAGAGAAUUAAUCAUGUUUUGAUAUCUGUCAAAGUAUAGACAGUUUUCUACCGACUAUUUACGUGAAGACAUCGAGGAAAAACAAUUUGGAUUUCGAUGUUUUUUACUUUGUAAUUUUAUAUCAUAUCAGAAAUGAAGUGGUCGUUCGUUUCCGUUUCCUGUCUUCUUGCAAUAGUAAGAUUUGUGUCUUCUCAGACUUUAUAUUCGAAUUCCAAGAACAACAUAGUUAUGCACUUGCCCAUGGAUGUGAAUAGAGAAGUGCGAAAUGUAUUCUUUCCAGCAUUUGAGAAUCUUAAGAAAGAUCUAAAUCGAGAGUUACAGGUUCAAAAUUCAAGAUGGACGAGCUACAUCAAACAAACUCGAACUUUGGUAGAUGUUUUAGAUCAACAACAACAAACACUACGGACCUCUGUUUCUGAAUUGAGUAAUUUAAGAGUUCAUGAUCAGAGGAGAUUAGAAGCCAUGGUAAAUGCAAAGGAGGAAAUGUUCCAACGACAAUUAGGAAAUGUUUCAAACGCACUUCACAAGGAAAUACAGGAUUUCACAAAUAUCGUUGAGAGAUUGUCUAUUAUUGAUGAAAAGUUCUUAAACCAAAGUGUUACUGAUAGAGAGAUACGUAAAAAAUUGGCAGAUUUGUUCAAUACUCAAAGAAGUUUACUAAACAACACCUCGCAUCUCUUUACGAGAAUGAAAGUAAUAAAUGAUAUGUACUUGGAUAUAGAGCAAAAUUUUACAAGCAAACUCACUUUAACAACAUUUCAAUUAACGCAAUCUUUAGUAGAAGUGAUGGAAAACAAAACUAAAGAAUGUAAAAGAAACAUCAGCACUGGUGUCUUAUCCUCGUUGAGGAACCAAUCGGAAGAAAUGGGAAUGACAAAAGAAAUAAUCUUCGAGAUCAAAGAGGAAAACAGAAAACUCACGGUAGCGAUAGAAGUUCUACAAAACGAAAUCUCUGAACUGAAGAAAAACAAAGUCAUUUCCAAUGAUACGUCCUCCGAACAAGCGUCAUGCCCUCCGGACUGGACAUCAUUCGGACAUUCCUGUUACAUGGCUAUUGAGCAGAAAAAAUCUUGGGACAGUGCAGCUAUGAAAUGCAUUAGAUACGGUUCUAAAUUAGUGGAAAUUGAAACAAAGGAUGAAAACGAUUUUCUUAAAAACACCCUACUGAAGAACAAAGCGUGUGACCAGGGGAUGCUUUCACUGGGCAUUUGAACCACCCCUGGUGUUUCCGGGAGUCCAUAAUUACUGGACUGGUGGAAUUGAUGAUGUAACAGAGGGCAAGUGGUUUUGGGCGGUAUCUGGAAGUCCACUGAAUUUUACAGAUUGGAACACUGGGGAACCAAACAAUGCCCUUAAAAAUGAAGAUUGCUUAGAGUUCAGCAAACAUACAGGUCGCAAAAAAGCUUGGAAUGAUAACCGAUGUGACAAGACGAUGAAAUUUGUUUGUGAAAAAUCUGUCAAAUAAAUAUAAUUGUUUUAUCA